CACUUAAAUGCAGCUGCAGGGCUGCGGGACACCCACCAGCAUCACUCCCCGUGUGAGGUGGCAAAUGCAACAUGCUCUCCAGCUUGGGGUGUCUACUUCUCUGUGGAAGUAUUGCACUAGCCCUGGGAAAUGCACAGAAAUUGCCAAAAGACUCUUCUUACGUGGGGAUGAUCCCAAAGGCCUGGAAGACACAUGGUAAAAAGCCAAACCUGAAAGUCCACAUCAAUACCACAAGUGACUCCAUCUUCUUGAAGUUCCUGCGUCCAAAUCCUAAUGUAAAACUGGAAGGCUUCCUCCUGGGUUAUGGCAGCAACUUGUCACCAAACCAGUACUUCCCUCUUCCCGCGGAGGGGAGACACACUGAGGCCGUAGUGGAUGCGGAGCCUAAAUAUCUGAUAGUUGUGCGACCUGCCCCUCCUCCAAACCGAAAGAAAUCAUGCUCAGGUAAAGCACGCUCACGCAAACCUCUCCAGCUGGUGGUUGGCACUCUGACGCCCAGCUCAGUCUUCCUGUCCUGGGGUUUCCUCAUUAACCCUCACCACGACUGGACGUUGCCAAGCCAAUGCCCCAAUGACAGAUUUUAUACAAUUCGCUACAGAGAAAAGGAUAAGGAAAAGAAAUGGAUUUUUCAACUCUGUCCAGCCACAGAAACAAUUGUGGAAAAUCUAAAGCCCGACACGGUUUAUGAAUUCGGAGUGAAAGACAACGUAGAAGGUGGAAUUUGGAGUAAGAUUUUCAAUCACAAGACUAUUGUGGGAAGUAAAAAAGUAAAUGGGAAAAUCCAAAGUACCUAUGACCAAGCCCACUCAGUGCCAUCGUAUGUCCCAAGGAAACUAAUCCCAGUAACAAUCAUCAAGCAAGUGAUUCAGAAUGUCACUCACAGGGCUUCAGCGAAAUCUCCAGAUAAGACUCCCUAUGGAGGAACGAUACUAGUCCACCUUGUUAUUCCAGGUCUUAAUGAAACCACCGUAAAACUUCCUACAUCCAUAAUGUUUGAGAUUUCGGAUGCACUCAAGACACAAUUAGCUAAGAAUGAAACCUUGGCGUUACCUGCUGAAUCUAAAACACCAGAGGUAGAAAAAAUCCCAGCACAGCCCAUAACAGUGACUCCUGAAUCAGUUCCAAGAACCACUAAACCCACCGUGCCUAGUGCAUUAGACAUUUCAGAAACAACACUGGUUCUCAGUGAAAGGACGCCGGAAGCAUCGCAAACUAGUCUAAUACCUAGGUUUGAAUUGCCACUGAGCACUCUAGCUCCGAAAAGCAUUCCAGAACUUCCUCAGGCAAAAACAUCCUUCCCUUUUGAGAAAGCUGGGGGCACCUUGGCUUCAAGUGAAAAGCCGUGGAUUGUACCUACAACUAAAACAUCUGAAGAUUCCAAAGUUCUACCACCUCGAACUGCAACUUAUGAUGUUUUCUCAAGCCCUGCAACAUCAGAUGCGCCUGAACUGUCAGAGCCCCACACAGCAACAAGUGAUCCAUUUCUGGAUUCUGUCCCACCUAAAACUUCUAGAACUCUUGAACAGCCAAGGGCAACACUCGCUCCCAGUGAAACACCAUUUGUUCCGCAAAAACUGGAAAUCUUUACCAGUCCUGAAAUGCAACCUACAACACCUGCUCCCCUGCAAACUACGUCCAUCCCUUCUACACCUAAACGCCGCCUCAGGCCCAAAACACCAAGAACCAAACCUGAAAGAACCACAAGUUCUGGAACAAUUGCAUCUAAAGUUUCUAAAAGUUUUGAACCUACACGGACAACGCUGGCUCCCAGUAAAACACAAUUUAUUUCUUUGAAACCUAAAAUCCCUGUCAGCCCAGAAGUGACUCACACCAGACCCGUCUUAGGACCUGGAACACUGGCAACAAAACCUUCAACGACAACAUUAGCUCCACCAAAGACCAAACGGCCAGGUCGUCGCCCCCGCCCUAAAACCACACCUAGUCCGGAUGUGCCCAAGUCCAAGCCUGCUCUGGAGCCGGCUACGGUGCCCCCGGAGUUCUUGGUGCCCACAAUCGAUUCAAAACCACCAAAGCAAUUAUUUCCUAAACACCAAACCGCAGCAAAACCAGAUAUGCCACCAACUAAAUCCGUCUUUGAGCCUGUGACAUCUGAGACUGAAACUCCUUCCAUCACCAUAGUUGCUGCCACAGACAUUGACCUUGUGACUGUGAGAACUGAGGCUCCCAGGACAACAUUGGCUCCAAAAACCCCACAACGGACAAGAACACGUCGUCCACGUCCCAAACCUAAAACCACGCCGAGGCCAGAGGCACCUCAGACUAAACCGGACGUUGAGCCUGUGACGCCUGGGACAUCAUUAGCUCCAGCCAAAACAACAAAAAGACCCCGUCGUCCACGGCCCAAACCUAAAACCACACCCCAUCCAGAAGUACCUCAGGCCAAACUGGUCCCUGCCACAGUCCUUGAACCGGGUGUUCUUAGAACCGAAGCUCCAGAGACAACACUAGCUCCCAAAGUGUCUCCCCGGACUCGUCGUCCACGUCCCAAACCUAAAACCACAGCGAGUCCUGAAGCAGCUCAGCCUGACCUGGUUCCUGCUACUGUCUUCGAACCAGUUACUCCUGUAAGAGAGGCUCCGGGGGCAGCUUUUGUUCCUGUCACAGACUUUGAGCCUGUUACUUUUGCAGCAGAGACCUCUGGGCCAACAUUAGCUCCCAAAGCAUCACAAAGACCACGUCGUCCACGUCCCAGACCCAAAACCACACCAAGCCCUCAAGCACCUCAGACCAAACUGGUUCCUGCUAUAAUCCUUGAACCUGUCACUCUUAGACCUGAGGCCCCAGGAGCAACAUUAGCUUCCAAAACAUCACAGCAGACGAGUCGUCCACAUCCCAGACCAAAAACCACACCAAGUCCUGAAGUACCUGAGUCCAAACCAGUUCCUACUGCAGGCUUUGAACCUGUUACCUUCAGAACUGAGGCUUGGGUGACAACACAAGCUCCUAAAACGUCAAAACGGACCCGUCGUCCACGUCCCAAACCUAAAACCACACCAACUACCAAGGCGCCUCAAACCAGACCGGUUCCUACUACAGAUCUUGAACCUGGUACUGUCAGAACUGAAGCUCCGGAAAUCGUGGUUCUUCCUACAGUCCUUGAACCUGUCACUCUUAGGACCAAGGCUCCGGAAACAACAUUCGCUCCUAAAACAUCACAACGAGCUCGUCGUCCACGUCCCAGACCUAAAACCACAUCAAGCCCUGCUGCACCUCAGACCAAACCGGUUCCUACUACAGGCUUUGCACCUGUUGUCCAUAGUUCUGAGGCCCCGGGAACAACAUUAGCUCCCACUGAACUGCAGCCCCUUAUUUUGAAACCAGUGACAUCACCAAGUCUAGAAAUGACACAAAGUCAACCUGUUUCUGAAGUCCUGGAGUCGGUUACAUUUAGCACUGAGUCAUCCAUGGAAGCUAUAGCCCCAGCCGAAACAGAUUACGUAUAUCCCACUGCCAAAGCACCACUCAGGCCAGAGGAGCCAAAGGCUGAAGUUGUGGAAUCUGUUACAAAUGUGUCAGAACCACCCGAGACCUCGCUAGAGACAUCACCUCUGCCUUCCCAAACUAUAACCCUACCCAGCCCAGAUGAGCCUCGGACUGAACCGGCUCCCAAGCAGACGCCGCGUGCUCCUCCCAAACCAAAAACAUCUGCACAUCCGAGAGUCCCACAAACACAGCCAGCUCCUAAGGUGUCCCAGCAUGUUACUUCAAAGCCGAAAACGUCACCAAGUCCAGAAGUAUCACACACUCCAGCUGUUCCGCGAGACGUGCUUCUUCCCCAUAAACCAGCCCCCGAAGGCUCUCAGAGCGAACCUGUUCUGCAGCCUGUUACCUUUAGCAUUGACCCACCAGAGGCAACAAUAGGUCCUUUAGAGACCCGAGGCAGCCCUUUCAUUCCCAUGAUUUCACCAAGUCCUAGUCAAGAGGAACUGCUAACCGCUCUGGCAGAAACAGACCAAACCACCCAAGAACUCUUCACCACUAAGAUUUCACGAACAACUGAGCUGGCAAAGACGACUCCGGCACCACACAGACUGUAUACCACCCCAGGGAGGCCCAGAGCUCCUGACAAACCCCGCAGCAGACCGGGGGUCAAGCAACCGCCAAAGCCAUCAGGUGCUGGUAGAGAUGUGUUAGUGGACUCCACCCAUGCCACAAAAAGACCAGCCACGAUCCCAGGCACUCGCCGUCCACCCUUGCCACCUAGACCCACGCCCCCACGAAGAAAACCUUUACCGCCAAAUAACGUCACCGGAAAGCCAGGAAGCGCAGGAAUCAUUUCGUCAAGCCGAGUAACUUCCCCACCCUUGAGGGCAACGCUCAGACCUACUGAAGCCCCCUUGGAGGGAACAGAGACAGAUAAAAAGCAACCAACAGUUCCUGCUUCGGGAGAAGAAAUUGGUAAUACGACUGACUUUAGCUCAAGUCCAACAAGAGAAACUGAUCCUCUUGGGAAACCCAGAUUCAAAGGUCCUCAUGUGCGAUACAUCCAGAAGCCUGACAACAGACCCUGCUCCAUCACUGACUCUGUCAAACGGUUCCCCAAAGAGGAGGCGACUGAGGGGAAUGCCACCAGCCCACCACAAAACCCACCCACCAACCUCACCGUGGUCACUGUGGAAGGGUGCCCCUCAUUUGUCAUCCUGGACUGGGAUAAGCCACUAAAUGACACUGUCACUGAAUAUGAAGUUAUAUCCAGAGAAAAUGGGACAUUCAGUGGGAAGAACAAGUCCGUUCAAGUUACAAAUCAAACCUUCUCCACAGUAGAAAAUCUAAAACCUGACACAAGCUAUGAAUUCCAGGUGAAACCCAAAAACCCACUUGGAGAAGGCCCGGCCAGCAACACGGUGGCCUUCAGCACCGAAUCAGCGGACCCCAGAGUGAGCGAGCCAGUUUCUGCAGGAAGAGAUGCCAUCUGGACGGAGAGACCCUUUAAUUCCGACUCCUACUCAGAAUGCAAGGGCAAACAGUAUGUCAAAAGGACGUGGUAUAAGAAGUUCGUAGGGGUGCAGCUGUGCAACUCCCUCAGGUACAAGAUUUACCUGAGUGACUCCCUCACAGGAAAAUUUUAUAACAUAGGCGAUCAGAGAGGCCAUGGAGAAGAUCACUGCCAGUUCGUGGACUCAUUUUUAGACGGACGCACAGGACAGCAACUCGAUUCUGACCAGCUACCCACCAAAGAAGGCUAUUUCAGAGCAGUUCGCCAGGAACCUGUCCAAUUUGGAGAAAUAGGUGGUCACACCCAAAUCAAUUAUGUCCAGUGGUAUGAAUGCGGGACCACAAUUCCCGGAAAAUGGUAGAUGCUACAAUCGUGUUCAAAAGGGCCUUCUGUUUCAUCAUGGCAAAAAAUAAUUGGAAACACUAUGGUAUUUGUCACAUUCAUUUAAAGCUGUUAUGUUUACUAUGUAUAAAAGUUUAAAAUCUAAUUAAUAGCAAUAUUAGAUGUUUAUUAGAAAGAUUGCUGAGAAUAUUUAUCAGGUUUUACAAAGUCAUUUUAAGAAAGCAAGAUACUGACAUUAACAGAAUAACUUUUUUUGGGAAGCUGGCUCCCUGUUCAUGGUAUUUUAAGAGAUCAUUUGUAUAUUAUUUAUCAACACUGUUGUAAUGAUGUUUUGAGAUACUUUUAUAACAAAAUUAACAUCAAAAAACUAAUAUACUUUUUAAAAACUAUUUACUUUUAUUAAUGUGUAUUCUUCCUACUGGUGAGUUAAUUCCAUAAAUCUCUACUUGGUUUAACUUAUUAGAUCAAAUUAUCUUCAGCACAUAUAUCUGGGGGAAAAAGGUCCUAACAUUCAAGUUUAUUUAAACUUCCAUUUUUUAGCAACAGCUGAAUAGCUUUUUGAAGCAUUUAAAUAGGUAACCAUUCAUGCAAAUAUACAUUUCCUUAAAUACUUGCAAAUUAUUGAAAAGACUGUUUGAAUCAGUAAAUUUCAUUUCAGCUGAAAAAUUGAGAAUCUGAUGUAUUUUCAAAAUAUUGUUUCAAUACACGUUUCAUUAUUUCUCUACCCAUACGUAUGUUACAAUGUCUGAAUGUACUUGGUCAAACUAUCCCUUUAAGCAAUUAUCUUCCUAUUGUUUUCAAUAUAAUUCUAAUCAAGCUGUACGCAGAGACUGAAUGGGAAGUCUGAGCAUAAAGAGGUAAUGCAUGAUGAGGUACCCGUGGUUUUACAGGAUACUUACUACCUUUUUAUACAUAGGACCUCCAGGAAUGAAUGUAUCAGAGGAUGUUUUCAUAAUUCUAACUCAACCUAUAAUGAAAAUCUGACUCAUUUUUAUUUAAAAAGGUAUUGCUUUCUUUCACUGGGGGAGGGAGACAGGAAUGCUGCAUUGCUGCCCUCAUUCGGAAAGAAAGCUUUCCUGGGCCUACCUUUCAACAUGCUUCAAGUUUAUCGUCUACAUUUUGUAUUUUCCAAACAAGUAUAAACUGCAAUAAAGAGAUGUAGUUUUUUUUAA